AUUGCAGCCAACAAACGCACUUCUUACAUCAACCUAUUCUGCUUCUUGAUCAGCGCAAGCCCAUCAACAACAAGCGAGGCGUCUCAUCCCGCAUCAAUGCCUUGUCGGACGUCACAUUCAUGACCUUCAUCUCCUGUCGUCCUGCGGCACAACGGAAGUGAAACUUGAUGCCAUGACUCAGUAUGGCUACCUCCGCAGCUGUAUCAACGAUGAGCCAGGCAGACCCAGCCUCAUCGGCGAAGGCCACAGCCCCAAAACCACAAAAGCGAUCUCGCAGACCCAACUACAACUACAUCCACCGAAAUCUCCUUCCCGUUGAAAUCUAUCCACUUCCUGUCCUCAUCCCACACAAUCCGUUGUCCUUGGUCGCAAUUGCUCUAUCCUACCUUGCUCAGGUCCUGGCUCCGCCGUCGAGACCGACAUACAAAGGCUAUUUCUCGUCAGCAACCUCAUCCAUCCACGUUACAGAUCCAGAAACAAUCCGUAAACUAUGGGAGAUGGGAUUCUUUGGCCGAGGUAGCUUAAGUCGAAGCGAGCCGACAUGGUUAGACAAUCGCAAGAAAAAAGGGGUUACCGCAGAAGAGAAUACAGCCCAACGUCGACAGGCGAGACGACAGGGGAAGCAAGAACGGGCUCGGAAAGAACAAGAAGAAAUAGAGCAAAAACUGGCUGAAGAAUCGCAGACGAACGAUGCCACCAACAGCCAUGUGAAUGGUGUUCUGUCAGAAAAUGUCUUGAAGACGAACGCUCGAGACCUCAGUGAUAUUGGGAGCGUGCUGGACUCUGCCAACGGCACCGCGACACCCGAAAAUGAAGAGGACAAAGAGAAUUGUUCCAUAGAUGGAUUUCACGAAUGGAAGAAAGUCAUUGAGGCAAAUGGCAUCCCAACACCUCCGCCAACAUCAACAUCAUCAGAGGCUAGUCACAUUGACGGUCGACCGGUAAAGCGAAUGCAGCGAACCAAGACUGUCCGCUUCUCGCCUACAAUUGAAGCAAGGGAAUUUGAUUUGAGUUCACCUAUCAUAUCUCCCAUUAAAGGUCCUGGUUCGUCGCCGCUAGAAGAAGUGCAAUCACCAAAAGAACCUGUUCAGGAAAAUCAGGAACACCUGAACUUGUCACUUGAGGAGGCAUUUUUCCUCUCCUAUGGGCUGGGACUGCUCCAAGUCUACUGUGACGACAGCGAUGCUGUUCUACCUCCAUCAUCUCAAUUAUCCCUCUUUCGGCGACACUCAUUCUCUCCUCCGAGAAGCUUGUCAAUGACCGCAGAGCCCGACGACCCCUUCAUGCUCUCAUACGCUGUCUAUCAUCAUUACCGCUCUCUCGGUUGGGUAGUUCGAUCAGGAGUCAAAUUCUCCACCGAUUAUUUACUCUACAAUCGCGGUCCUGCGUUCUCGCAUGCAGAAUUUGCCGUGAUUAUUAUUCCUUCAUACAGCCAUCCCCACUGGACAGAUUCAUCCCAGAACAGAAAGUUGGCUGAGCAGAAAACCAAGAAGUCGUGGUGGUGGCUGCAUGGAGUCAACCGAGUUCAGGCACAGGUGCACAAACAGCUGGUCUUGUGCUAUGUGGAUGUACCACCUCCGUUGAAGGAGGACGAAAAAGGCCGGCAAAUUGACAUUGGAAUGCUUCUUGCACGGUAUAAGAUUCGAGACGUUAAUGUACGGCGCUGGACUCCGAACAGAAGUCGAGAUUGACGAUUGACGACUGCACGAUUCAUUUUUGUAGAAUACAUGAAAUCAUGACAAUUGCCAGCCUUUGUGUCGAGUUCGACACUGGAACAGA